CACUAUAGCAAACCGGGAAGGAGAGAUGGCUCGCUUGACGGCAGGGGGGGGAGACUCUCUGCGCGACUUUUGCGACGCGCGGCGGCGCGCUUUACGGCAGGAGGAUGUGUGGGGCGGCCGGUGGAGCCCCGGUACCGGCCCCGGCCGCUCCGUGACACCCCCCCCCCAGGCCCCUCCCCCGCCCCGUGCCGCCUCACCCCGCCCCCGGGCCCCGCGAUGGCAGCAUGCCGCUGGCGGUGAGGUGGCCGUUCCCCGCGGGGCAGCCGUUGCCCUGGGCCGUGGCCAGCCGCAUCGUUACCGGCCUGGUCGGCACCUACAGCUGCGUCUGGACCCGGUACCUGAACCGGCUGCGCGUGCACAACGCGGAGGUGCUGCACGAGCUGGUGGAGCGCCGCGGGCCCCGCACCCCCCUGCUCACCCUCUCCAACCACCAGUCCUGCAUGGACGACCCCCACCUCUGGGGUUCUCUGAAGCUGCGGCACGUUUGGAGCCUGCACAAGAUGCGCUGGACCCCCACGGCCGCCGACAUCUGCUUCACCCGGGAGCUGCACUCGCUCUUCUUCAGCCUCGGCCGCUGCGUCCCUGUCUGCAGGGGGGACGGCGUGUACCAGCGUGGGAUGGAUUUCAUCCUGGAGAAGCUCAACCAGGGGGACUGGGUGCACGUCUUCCCCGAAGGCAAAGUGAACAUGGGGCAGGAGUUCGUGCGCUUCAAGUGGGUGCUGUCCAGCCCCACAGAGCCCCCACUUUGGCCCUUCAUAGGCAUCGGGCGUCUCCUGGCUGAAUGCCGCCUCGACCCAGUCGUCCUGCCCCUGUGGCAUGGGGGCAUGAACGACGUCCUGCCCAACGCUCGCCCCUACGUGCCCCGUGUGGGGCAGCGGAUCACAGUGGUUGUGGGGCGACCGUUCAGCGUCCGGCCCCUCCUGGAGCGGCUCCGGGCCGAGGGCACAUCAACAGUAGAGAUAAGGAAAGCACUGACAGAUUUUGUGCAGAGGGAGUUUGAGGCGCUGCGGGGCCAGGCCCGGGCACUGCAUUGCGCCCCAUAGUGUGUGGAGUGCCCCAUAGAGGAACAGAUGGGUCUGCUCCACACACAGUGGGCCCUGCCCCAUGGCAUGACAGCCCCACAGCUGUCCCCACAGCCUCGCAGAUGGACAGACUGCCCCAUGGCCCCGCAGCACCAUGGGGCGCAGGUGAAGGAUGGACAGAUGGACACACAUGCUGCCCCAUAGCGUGCCCCACACCCACUUCCUGUGCACAGUGCCAAUAAAGGGGGUGAAGCCUCA